AUGAGGAAUUCAUCGUGUCAGUUUGAGCAAGCUCAAUCUUUACAAGAUGGCGUAAAAGCGAAGCAGAAGAUAAAUGCUCUAUUCAGAGCGCUCAAAGAGAAUCUUGAAGACUGUGUCAAUUUCUUAGCUGAUUUUAGAAUAGCAGAUGAAAAUGAACUAGACAUCGAGAAACUCUCAAGUGAGGUGUCAGGCUUUCCGGCUCAGGUUUCAUGUAUCUCAGAGGUACUAUCAAGGGAUCAGGUGAAGGUGGCAUUCUUGGGACGAACUAGCAAUGGAAAGACCACUACAAUAAAUGCCAUGCUACAAGAUAAGAUCUUACCAAUGGGAAUUGCCCGUACUACAAACUGUUUUUUCAGUGUACGUGGUUUAGAUUUACCAGAUCCAUGUAUCUUGGUUCCAGGGAGUGAUGACAAAAAGAAUGUGGAAUCAUUAUAUGAACUUGCCAAUGCCUUGUGCAAAGAAAAGCUUGAUCCUAGCAGUCUUGUUCAAGUGUUGUGGCCAAAGUCCAGAUGUAAACUGUUGUCAAAAGAUGUUGUUUUGGUGGAUAGUCCUGGUAUAGAUAUGAGCCCUGAUCUUGAUCUGUGGAUAGAUAAGCACUGUUUGGAUGCUGAUGUGUUUGUCCUGGUUGCUAAUGCUGAGUCAACGCUUACGUUUGUGGAGAAAAACUUUUUUCACCGAGUGAAUCAGCUUUUUUCAAGACCAAACAUCUUCAUUCUGUAUAACAGAUGGGAUGCAUCUGCAUCAGAACCUGAUAGGAUGGAGCAGGUAAAAAGUCAGCAUCUCAGUAGAAGCAUCAGUUUUCUUGUUGAUGAGCUCAAGUGUGCAAACAAAGGACAGGCAGAAGACAGAGUAUUUUUUGUCUCAGCUAAAGAGACCUUAAUGACCAGAAUGCAGAAACACCAAGAAAUGCCUCAGGGAGGUGUUGCCAUUCAUGUUGAAGGAUUUCCUGCUCGACAGUUGGAGUUUGAGAACUUUGAACGCAAAUUUGAGGAGUGUAUUUUUAAGUCAGCCAUGAAAACCAAGUUUGAAUCUCAUGCGAUCAGUGGAUUGAAAAUUGCAAAAAUGUUAAAGGUUCAUAUGGAACAAAUAGAGAGUUCUGCAUUUCAACAAAGAUCUAAACUGGAGGAAGCUGGGAAAAAGCAAAAGAAUAGACUGGAAUAUGUGAAGGAAGGGCUUGAAAUCAUUACAUAUGACAUUGAACGCCAGAUCGAGAAGAUUACUUCCAAAGUUGAGGGUCAG